AUGUCUGAAGAACGGAAAUCUACUGAAGCAGACGAUGUUUUUGAGUUUUUGGAGUCUCUUCCCAACGACGGUGCAAACGAGAAAGUAGACGACGGCAACAAGAAAAAAGGUAACAAAGAUGAAGAUAUUUUUGAGUUCUUAGAUGAAUUGGAAAAGAGUAAUUUGAAAAGUAAAGGUAAAGAGGCUAAAGUUGCGAGGAAGCAAGAGCAGCCACUUGAGAAGGAGGGAGCUAAACAGGAGCCAGAAGAAACCAAACCAAAAGAAGUUGAGCCGGUGUCAAAUGAGACCGUGUCCAAGGGGACAGUGGAAAAUCCGGAAGAAAAUGAACAAGAUGGAGAGCCAUUGAAUGAUCCUAUUACUUCGAUCUCCAACUGGUGGACCUCUUCGGGUUCUACAGCGGUUUCAAAUUUGUGGAGCAAGACCACAGAACAAGCCUCAAAAGUUAAAGAUAGAAUCCAAAAAGAACAGCAAACUUUGACCACUACGUUACCCAUUAAGAUAAAUACAAACACUAUAAGUGAACUAGCGAAAAAUCUGUCGAGAAUUGUUGUCGGAGAAACUGAAGAAGUUUUGAGAAUUCACUUGGUACACGAUUUGGUCAAUUAUUCAAAUUUACAAUACUAUGUUGAAUCAAAAUUCGAUCAAGUUUUAAGCAGUCAAGUUCAAGGUGGUAUCAGGAUAUUUGUUGACGAAUGGGGGAAACCACAUCAAGACGAUACUACUACUAUAUCAUUCAUAAAUGACAAUAGAAGAAGUUUGAAUUUAUUUGUUGGUAAAAUCACUGAUGGUGAAAAAUUAGCCUUUGCCAAUUUAGAUAACGCAAUUAAGUUAUUCAAUAAAGCACAAGAAGAGAUUUCAAAGCAACAAAAAGAGGCAGCUGAUGGUGACGAUGAAAAUGAAAAAAACACUAAUGAAGAUACUAAGGAUAAUAUCAGUGAUAUUUUCAUCUCCAUACUACCAAUCUCCAUUCCAAUAAGUGGUUCCAAAGAUGUCGAGACAGAUGAUAUUUUAACAACAGACUCUUCUCAAUCGGGUAAUUUCAAUUUCACUAUUGUCUUGAGAGAUAUCACAAACAACAUCACAACCAUAACAAGGUCACAGGGUUUCCCAAACAAGUGGGCAGAGUGGUUAGAAGGCACUAAAGAUGAAGACAACACCAAACAGGAAGAAAAAUCCAAGAAAGAAGAGGAAGAAGAAGAAGAAGAAAAAGAACCGGCAAAUGACGAAGAAGGUGAAAUCGAUCCAAGUGACUGGGUCAGAGACUGGAUCGAAGAUGGUCUCUCCCUUGUAUUUGGUGUCGUAGCGCAAAAUUACGUUAUCGAUAGAAUGGGUCUCAACUAA